UGACUUUACACCAUAAUUGUGUGUGUGUGUGCGUAAAUGUCAUCUCCUGAGAUCAAUGGACCAAUGGACGUCUGAGAUAAGCUUUAGUACCCUAUUAUAAAAUACACAGAAUACUGAGAUUUACACCACUUUGCUUGUACUGAUCACUUUGUUGGCUUGAUGUGGCAAAACAGGGGAAUAAACUGGAGCUUUCCUUGUCGCUGAGCUGGUACUCUUUACACCUUUACACUCUUUUGUACCUUCCGAUCCAAUCAGACAGAAGAUGUUGAUUAAUUUUCUAAAACAGCACCUCUAAAGGUAGUUCAGAUCACAGGUUUAUCUCAUUCCCGGUACUUGUAUGACACACGAUCCACAUAAUCCAAAUCUAACAAAACUUGUUUUAAAAAAAAGUGUGUAUAAUAAUAUAACACUAAUUUAUGUGCUUAAGCUUUCUGUAAGCAGAUGUGUGUUUGUGUUUGUCAGUAAAUGUCACUAUAAAUGGCUAAAACAUAUUACAUGUCAUUCAUUAAUAAAUUUAAAUUGUAAUGAUUGGAAGAUCACUGUGGUGUAAGAGGAAUAAAACACAUUGGGACGUGAUGUUAUUGGAAAAUAAUCCACUAUGGAGUAGUAACAGGAACUCUGCUUCAUUACGCUGUCCUGUUGUUGAUUUAUUUUUCUAUAACAUGACUGUAAGAGUUUUAUUUCUUACUGAAGGUACGUAAUUGGAUUAGAGUAUAGCUUUAAAAAUACACUUUUCUAAGUAAAAGGUGCAAAAGGUGUACACUUGAUGAUGCCACUCUAGUGAUGAGGAAAGGUGCAGUUUAGUACUCUUUUUUUCUGACAGUGUAUCUGACUUUUGUGUUGUUGUUGUUGUUGUUUUUUUAAGUGCUCGAGUAUGCUAAACUCAACUGACAAUCAGUUGGACUAGAAAAAAGGGAAGUAGAAAGACAAUAUGGUGUGUAAUUGCAUUUUCAUUACCUCAAACCCUUGUUGGCAGACUGGCGCAAUCAUUUAAACACUGCGUCAACACACUAAGCUCUUUAUAUGACUGUACAUGUUGUGUUGCACAAGUCUGUGCACACUUAUGCUGUAGUGGGCUGUGGUUUUAAGAAAUCGUUCUGUGUGUGAUUGCAUGCGCUAAGAAAGAAGCAGAUAUUGUUGUUUGCACGGUUGAUGUAGCCAGAGUUUUCCAUAACGGGUCCAUGCUGUUUACUCUACAGGUGGAGAUUUUGUUUUCCCCUGAGAUCUGACUGCAACAGACAGUUUGUACCUAAGAGAUUAGAGGGGUGUUUGGUGUGACGGAGUGUGGAUUAUGUAACAGCCAGAGUGUAGGAGAAGGUGACCAGGCCAGAAUCCACACCCCUAUACACGGAGUAAACAUGCCUGACCGUGCCUGUCCUGGUGCGAAGGGUGCUUACUGUAGUGCUCUUAGUGUACAGAUUCAUUAGCAGAUAGGAGGAGGAUCGGAAAAAGUCACAGUGCUGCUCCGUUUAAUAUACGACUGGGAAAUGGGCGUGUGACGAUAUUUAAAUUUCAUAUCAUGUUAACAGUUAUUAUAUUAUAUUACUAAAAUAUUAUUAACUAGCCAUGUUUUGCAAGUUUCCAUUAAGGCAUUAAGGAUUGCGUUCUGUGAGAAGGACACAUCAUGCUCUUUCAAAAUGUCCAAAAAAAAAAAAAAAAAAAAAAACCUUCCUGCAAUUUUUCCUCAGCUUUGCUGGGUGUUUGUGUGACAUUAAUAAGAUUUCUUUUUAACUGUUACGACUAUCAAGUAUACAAUCUCGAAUAAACAUCUUUGUGGAAGUAAACAAUGUGAGACGUAAAGAAUAAACCACUUGGUGUGUGUUCUGCUAUCAGAAAUUAAUCAACGACAGGGUGGUGUGAUGAAGCAGAGUUACUGUUACCAUCCCAAAGUUGAUUAUUUUCCUUCAACAACGUGUCCUGCGGUUUUUAAUUUAUUAAAGAACAACACAUGACAUUUUUUAUCCUUUUAUAGUUACGUUUAAUGUCGCUAGAAUGUCCACGUGUUAUCAUUUACGUUAUAGCAGUUAGUCAUUCCCUCACCAGCAACACGUUUCUUUCUCUCUCCUGAAGUUACAAACAAACAAAAUACACAGCUUGCCAUGUUACAGAAUUGUGUUGUUAUUUAACAAAGAAAAACAUUGAAUUAUUGUGCAGUGAAGCAUUCUGAAAGGAGACAAUUAUUUUAACAUCGAUGGGAGGAGUCUCCAGUGUAAAAAAAAAAACUGGGUUUAACGAUUUAAUGUCUAGAAAGUAAAUGAUUUACCACUGAAAAGGAGGGAAAAAAUGCAAAAAAUUUUUAAUAUUUUACAAUUUCCAAGAUUCAGUACAACAUCAAAUCCUCUGCUUUCAAAGUAAUUGUUAUUAAAACUGUUUUAAUGCUAUGAAUGAAUAAAUAAAUAAAUAAAUAAAAAAGUGUAUGGUGACAUUUUAUCACCUAUAUCUUUUUGCUGGGGAAUAACGUGGGUUCGUUCUUUACACUUGUAGAAACUAUACAACAUCCAUCAGCUUUACGGUCGGAGGAAGGAAGACAGUGUGCUCAGAUUUGUGUUGAAAUCUAUUUCUCUGUGGUUGUUGCAUCCCUUGUUACACAUUUGUGUUUCUUAGUUUUGUUCCAUUUUCACUGAAAUUUUUCUUUCUCAGUGCUUCCCCAUUUGUCAGUGAUUUCAUCCCUGGCUUUAUUCGGUUAGCCAUUUAGUAAGAGUUUGUGUUAAUAAUAUCAGUACACAACAGCGUCUGUUAAAGGUGUAGGUCUCAGAGCGCGGUCUCUUCUAUUCACCUCUUCAUUUCUCUUCCAUUUACAUUCACAUCAAAAAAUAGCUCAAAGAGGAGCUCAUAUUUUAGCACGUAAUACAUUAUUCAGAUAUGAGAGCUGUUAAUAAAGCUGUUGAUGUAAAUGUCCCUUACCCACAAUCCACAGGGGGUGGAUCCGGACUGUAUCCUGAUAUCCCUCAUCGCCACCUUGUGGAUAUUCAGAAACGUGUCAGAAAUGUGUCGUAGCACUGAAUCCGACUGACUGAUAGCACACUUGGUCAUGUUACAGUUACUAAACAGGAUAUGCGGUUUGGGGAAAACCACACGUCCGGUGCUUUUAUGCUCAAAGAUUUACACCGUGAUUUUCAAUCAGCUUGCUGUCACUGUGUCAUCACAUUCACCGGACUGUUUUUAUUAUAAAGCUAGUCCAAGAGCCCAAAUGUUCUGAUGUUUAGAUUCAGUACAGUUUACUGUGGAAUAGACACAGUCUGAUUGCUUGUGUGCACAGUGACAUGGUGGAAGAGGUCUUAAGGAAGUCAAUAACACCAUGUCACCAAAACAUGCACACACACACACACACACACGCACACACCCCUUCACUAAAUGCUAGAAUUGACUCUACAACAGUGAGUCAUAAACUUCUUACUCAGUCACACUGCUCUAAGUGCCAAAACCAGCACAUGUUUAUAGUAUUGUUGGUAAAUCAUGGAAUCAGCUGACUUUAUAAAUUAUAAUAGGUGGGAAAUUUAAAAAGACAGACUGAAAGCAUAUGCCUUUUAUAAUUCUUUUAAAACAGAUAAAUUGGACCAGAGCGCAUUUCUAAAAGAUUUUGUAAGUGUUCAAAUGGAUUUCGAUAUUAAUUAUACUGCCUCAGACAGAGAGAAAAUUGAGUUUGUAUUAAAAGCAAAAAGGUAUUGAUAUUUUCUUAAGCAUGAGGAGUCAGAAACUUUAAUGUUUUGGAUUAGUUAUUAUAUCUCUAACCGCAGAUAUUUAUUAAUAUUAAGUUAUAUUCUAAAAUAUGCCUAAAUAUAAAUUGCAUAAAUAGCAUUUGAGCACUGAAAUUAGUCCUGGCUACAUAAUCACAGAUUUUUCCAAUAAUAGUAACACAUAGAAUAAUAAUAAUAAUAAUAAUAAUAAUAAUAAUAAUAAUCUCAACAUUCUGACUUAUUAUCUCACGAUUCUGACUCAAUUAUCGCUGAUGUAUCUCAACAUUUUGUCAUAUUAACUAAAAAUUCUACCUUAUCUCAUUAUCUUGACUUAGUAUCUCAAAAUUCAGACAUAUUAUCUAAACAUUUUGCCUUAUUAUCUUACAGUUCUGACUUAUUUCAAAAUUAAGAUUUGCUUUAGUCUGAAUUUUGAGAUUAGUCCUAAUUUUUGAAUUGUAAGAUAAGGCAAAAUGUUGAGAUACUGAGAUACUUUGAGAUACUUAAGUCAGAAUUUUGAGAUCUUGAAUUAAUAUCUGAAAAUUCUGACUUAUUAUCUCAAAAUAUCACAUCUCAAAAUUGUUAUUUAUCACAGAUUUCUGACUUAUUAUAUCAACAUUUUUAACUUAGUGCAAAAUUUUCACAUCUCAUGUUUUUUAUCUCAAAAUUAUACCUUAUCUCAUGAUCUUGACUUAGUAUCUCUGACCUACAUUUUGACCUAUUAUCUUAGAAUAUCCCAUUAUCUAUGUUUUGACAUCUAAAAAUUCUACCUUAUCUCAAAUUUCAAAUUUUGAUGAUCUCAAAAUUCUACCUUAUCUCAUGAUCUUGACAUAGUAUCUCAAAAUUUUGACUUUGCUGAUGCUGACUUAUUAUCUCAACAUCUUAAAAUUCUGAUUUACCUCAAAAUGUUGAUAUAUUAUCUCAGAAACCCAACUUAUCUCUGACUUGCUGUCUCAACAUUUUGACAUAUUAUCUCUAAAGUUCUUAUCUCAAAAUUGACUUCUCAAAAUUUUUACUUAUCUCAGACCUCUGACUUUUUUCUCAAUAAUUUGACUUUUCUCAAUGAUAAGUAAAAAUGAGAGAUAACUCCUCUCAGAAUUGUGGCUUAUUAUCUCAGAAAUGUUGACAUGUUGCUGCCAAAAAUAAAGAAAAAUAUUAUGUAUGUUCCCCUUUUUACGUGGGAGAAAUGUGCUUCUGUACCUUUCCUGCUAAAAAUGGAUCUGUCAAAGAAAAAAAAAAAAGCUGCCUGAUUUAAGGUGAUGUGUGAUGGGUCAAGAACAUACAGACAUCAAACAAAAUAACAAUAAAAUCCUGAAAUGGGGUAGUUCAGAAAAAAAAAAAAGCACAGCAAUUCAUAAGGGAAAAAACAGACUUUACUAGGACAAAUGCCGCUGCAAGACUUUUAACCUGAACUCCUCGUGGUGCCGAUAUUACUCCAGUCUUGGCUGAACUUCACUGGCUUCCAGUCAAAUACAGAACAGAUUUUAAAAUCUCACUUAUUACUUAUAAAGCAUUGCAUGGCCAAGCCCCUUCUUAUAUUACUGAAUUAUCGAUUCCAUACAGACAACAAGGAGUCUACGAUCAUUGAAUUAAAACCUGGUGAUCACCCCAAGGGCUUAAUGAAAAACUAAUGGAGAUGGAGCGUUUGCUGUUUUAGCGUCUAGACUUUGGAAUGAUCUUCCUUUGAGCAUGAGAUCCACACACUCCGAGUCAGGGUUUCAGAAACUCUUAAAAACGCAUUUUUACAAGAUUUUUGGAUUUCACCUAGCUUAUACUGAGUGAUGUGCCUUUUGUUUUGUUUUAUUUUUAAUGGUUUAUGUUGUCUUACUUUAUGGCUGUGUGUUAUGUUGUAGUAUGUUCUUAUUCCCUGACUUGUUUAUUUUAUAUAUUGUGAAUGUGACACUAUGUGACAACUGUCUAGAAUAGCUCUGUGUAUAUACAUUUUACUUAGUAAUUAAAUAACUAAUCAUUUUACGCAUGUACUAGCCGCGUAGAGUAAGUACAGUACGGUAUGUGCGCGUCUUUUAGGGACAGUACGGUAACCCCGCUCUGCAGUUUCUCAGCCCAUAUGAGCCGCUAACUGCGUCUGACUGUGUGCAUGGGCUUGAGGCUGGUUUCUAGUGAACGGGGCGGGUUUUACACCGUGACUGGGUUGUACACCAUCAAUCCAAUCAUGUUACUCUGCCUUUAGCUUUUUCACACGCGUGUCUGUGUGUGUGGUUUACUCUACACUACUCUAGUAGGUCUCUCUCACACACACACACACACACACGCGGAAGAGCAGCACAAUGGACAACAACAGAGGCUGCACGGAUGACUGUCGCCCUACACCGUCCAGAGAGCUCACCCAAAACCCACUGAAGAAAAUAUGGAUGCCCUGCAAAAAUGGCCUUCCAGAGAAGCCCAUCUUUCAGAGGAGGGUAUGCAUGACCAACUGUCCCACUGUCAUCGUCACGGUCGGCCUACCAGCCCGGGGCAAGACCUACAUCUCCAAGAAACUCACCCGCUACCUCAACUGGAUUGGCGUGCCAACGAAAGAAUUUAACGUAGGGCAGUACAGACGAGAAUGUGUGAAGAUCUACAAAUCGUUCGAGUUCUUCCGUCCGGACAACGAGGAGGGGCUCAAAAUCAGAAAGCAGUGUGCAUUGGCAGCUCUUAACGAUGUGAAUCAGUAUCUCACCGAGGAGGGGGGGCAAGUGGCGGUAUUUGAUGCCACAAAUACUACGAGAGAGAGGAGAGAGACCAUCAUUCGAUUUGCUGAACAAAAUGGAUUUAAGGUUUUCUUCGUUGAGUCUGUAUGUGAAGAUCCUGACGUUAUUGCAGAAAACAUCGUCCAAGUGAAACUCGGCAGCCCAGACUACACAGACUGUAACACCGAGCAGGCUGUGGAGGACUUCAUGAAGAGGAUAAAAUGCUACGAGAACUCCUACCAGCCUCUGGAUGAGGUCUUAGACAGAGAGUUGUCCUUCAUAAAGAUCAUCGACGUGGGUCGGCGGUACCUGGUGAACCGAGUCCAGGAUCACAUCCAGAGCCGAAUCGUGUAUUACCUCAUGAACAUCCACAUCACGCCACGCUCCAUCUACCUGUGCCGGCACGGAGAGAGUGACCUCAACGUUAACGGUCGAAUCGGAGGCGACUCGGGUCUCACGGUCCGGGGAAAGGAGUUUGCUCGCUACUUGGGACAGUUCAUCCGCUCGCAGAACAUCAGCGAUCUGAAGGUGUGGACGAGUCAGAUGAAGAGAACGAUUCAGACUGCCGAGGGUCUGGGCGUGCCAUACGAGCAGUGGAAGGCUCUCAAUGAGAUUGAUGCUGGUGUGUGUGAGGAGCUGAUGUACGAGGAGAUUCAGCAGCGGUAUCCUCUGGAGUUUGCGCUGCGUGACCAGGACAAAUACCGGUACCGAUAUCCCAAAGGAGAGUCUUAUGAAGAUCUGGUGCAGCGGCUCGAGCCCGUCAUCAUGGAGCUGGAGCGGCAGGAGAACGUCUUGGUCAUCUGCCACCAGGCGGUCAUGCGCUGCCUGCUGGCCUACUUCCUGGAUAAAACAGCGGAGGAGCUGCCGUACCUGAAGUGCCCGCUGCACACAGUGCUGAAGCUCACGCCGGUGGCUUACGGCUGCAAAGUGGAGUCCAUCUACCUGAAGGUGGAAGCGGUGAACACACACAGGGAAAGACCAGAGAAUGUAACUGUGCAUCGGAGCACGGAGGACGCCCUGUGCACCGUUCCACCUCACCUCUGACCUCACCUCAUUGGCCGUCCUCUCCCGUGUGUCUCAGUACCCUUUCUCCAAGGGUCCCCUGUCCUCCAGGCAUCUCCAUCACGAAAGGAUCCGGAGUCUGGUGUCACAGAGUCUUCAUUUCUCCCUCUGUACCUUUAAUCCUCCAGGGUUCACAGACAGGACGCAGCUCUACAGGCUUUACACUCUGACUAUAGAGUAAUGUUCAUUAAGCAGGAACUGAUUCCAGAUCAGCAUCAGUACCAGGAUCGUUGAUAAGAUUUGCUUUUGAAUAUAAUCUUUAUCUCCUGCGUGUGGAGUGUACGUGUGAUUACUCGAGACGUGAAAUUCAGAACAUUUUAGUACUGAGAAAGCAGUGGAUAACUGGUUUACUCCUGUGUCACUUACGAUGGAAGUCUAAGGGCAGUUGUAAAAUCCACAUUUAUAUUUCAGACAUACAGACAUGUCGCACUUUUUCCGAGGGACGGAUUUGUCUUUUGGGCGCUACCAAAAACACUAAUUUACAAAUCGUGGAGUUCUCAGAAACAUUUGUGAAAGUGUAAACACUUUUUCGCCAUUUAGCAGAAGACCCACUGAUGUGUUGCUGGAUUGGUGUAGACGUGCUUUUGGGUAGACACUGGCAUAUUUUGUCUCCUCUUUGGGCAUCAUUUAUCUUUUUAUAUUUUUUAUAUAUAUAGAUAUAUAUAUUUUUAGCAAGGUUGUCUGUGAAUAUUGCCAUAGGCCAGACAGAACUAAAAAUUCCCAUCAGAUUUACAGAAGUUCUGCUGAUUUUCUUCCUUCUCUCAUGCUCAUGCUGAUAAACGCCAGUUAGAUGUAAAUUACUAAGUGUGUUCACGGAACAGCUGAUUUACUUUUAUUGUUAACUGUUUGUUGAUUGAUUCCAACAGCUGCCCUUAGACAUCUAAUAUAAACGAGUAUGGAGUAAAACAGUUUUUUUUUAAAUCAGUACAGGGUAAUGUGUUUGCUGAAGAAUUUUCCGCAGUAAUCACACAAACAUCACACACGUGUUGGAUAGAGACGAGGUCAGCUUUAAACACUUACUUGCACAACAACAAAUCACACUGUAUUACGUCACACAGCACUACACUGAUCACUGCGCGCGCUACAGACAGUCUGUUUGAUCUGGUUAAACUUUCAAACUUCCUUUUUACACCUCUGGGUUUUGGGACCGUGUGUAAAACCUUCACUGAAGGAUGUAAAAUGUAACAUACUGCGAAUGAACUUAUAUCAGGCGGGAUAAUAUUUGGCUUGCAUUUUGCGUAUGUGUUUGGGUGUGCCGCUUUCCCGUGUGUGUGUGUGUGUGUGUGUGUAUGUAUGUGUGUGUGUGUGUGUGUGUUUUGCAGCUCUUGCACUCCUCUUUUAAUCAGUAUUGUUCUGUCGUUGUGUCACACCGCUAUUUGAUUCUUAUCUCUCUGUUACUUUGAGGGAAGGAUGACUUUGUUUCGUAUGUGUGUGUGGGGGUGUGUGUGGGGGUGUGUAUGUGUGGGGGUGUGUGUGUGUGUGUGAAUAAGAAAUGAUCACUACGUCACGUGUGUGAAUCCUGUUUAUUUCUGUAGAACACAUGUCUUGAGGUUGGAAUGAAUCCAACAUCCUCACACCAAGACAAAUGUAUUUAUUUGCCUUUUAUGUGUUUUAAAAGGUGAGUUUCAAAAUCAGUCGAUUGUUUUUUUUGGGUGAGAUAAACCUGAGAUGAAAUUAUUUUAAAUCGAGCUCAUUAUUUUUUUAUUAAGUGGGUUUGGUUUGUAACGGUGAAGUGCAUUCUGACCUGUAAAAAACAGUGAACACGAAUAAACCGUGUGUGUGUGUGUAUAUAUAUAUAAAAUGAGAUGUAAUCAUGCACUGGUUAUUGUAGGAAUAAAUAUGGGAAUAAUGUGUCUUAAUGGCAAUAAAGUUUAAUUAAAAAAAAAAAAA